AUGAAUCGCAAAGUUGGACGCAUAAAGGUUCCUCUUCCAAUCCUUCUAUGGUUCUAUGACCACGCCAAACAACAAUUUGCCAAAAGCUACUUCCAAAUUGGAGGACUAACAAGGUAUGGCCCCCCAAUUGGAAUUGCUGUGUCAAUGAUAUUUUCAAUUCCAUGCUGUAUCACAGCUGCAAAAGUGGAGACAAGAAGGAUAGGCGCGGUUAAGAGACACGGUCUAAUUGACAAGCCUGAGGAAACAAUUCCCAUGAGCAUCUUUUGGUUGCUUCCACAGUUUCUUCUCCUCGGAGGCCUUGAUGGGAUUGCAGACAAUAGCAUUGGUUGGUUCUUCAUUAAUCAGGAUCGUUCCUCCAUCCAUGGCUCGGUACAUGUGGGUGAGAUAAGUGGAAGGGGAGGGAAACCCAGUUGGUUCCAAGCGACUCUAAACAAGAGUCGUUUGGAUCAAUAUUAUUGGACCUUGGCUGCAUUGGCUGCAGCUAAUCUUGUUCUGUAUGUUUUGAUGAGCAUUUGGUAUGCUUAUAACGAUUUAAGGUCGGAGGACGAUGAAGCCCCUGAUUAUGGGGAAACUGUUGAAAUAUAA